CAGGACGAGAUGCGUGUCCUGGAUUCUACUGCUAACCAUCAUCUACCUUCACUUGUAAUUUUAAAUUAUGUGUUGAAUAAUCACUAUUUGAAUAUAUACUUCAAGAAAUUAGUACCGAAGUUUUUUGUGGCGAAUAAAGCCAUGAUUAUUAAUUUCAUACUUUGCAUUUUAGAUUUUCCCAAAAGAUGAGUAUAGAUUUCAAAUGAAAUCAGAGACUAGACAGCCGACAAUUAAAGAGUCCGUAGAUAAUGAAAUAGCAUCAACGGAUGAACUGAAAGCCAAUGUUAUUGAUUCAGUCACUGUGCUACAUGAGCAAGGAAAGUAAGUUUACUGUUAUUAUCAAAUAUUGUAUAGCAUCUUAUUUGAGAUAAAUAUAAUUGAAAUUUUAAUUAUAAUAACAAUGCGUGUAUCUAGAAAGUAAUAAUAUACUAUAUGCAACAAGUGAUAUAUAUAUGAACCAUCCGUUUUUUGGAUUUUAUUGAAGUCACGAACCGAUCUAUGUUAGACCACCAUCGAAAACCUGGAAUCACUGGACGGCCGUAUCGUCCUAAUGUGGGUCUGCUCAGCGAUUCCCAUCUACCACACUUUAUACAGGACUCGAACCUAGGACGAACGCGUAAACUUUAGAUCAUUGAGUCUGCAUCAAACCGUGUUGACAUCUAACUUCAAUCAAUUUACGACACUGUGUGACUAUCUUGUAUUGUUUUAGUUGGUUAACUGCUUCAUACGCUACACAGAUUUGCUCCACUGGUUAAGGUUACUUACUGGAACUCCAGGAAUUUCCUCUCAAGAUUGGUCACUAAUGGACACAUUAUAAAUGCCAGUAAGUGGUUACGGAAAUUGCCGAAUUUCAUUGACAGACAGUUUCAUAAAAGACGCUAAGUAAUUAGAAAUAAUAUUGGUGUUGUGAACCGACCAAAUUUGGUUAUCCGCUGAAAACUAAAAAGCAGUUUAUAGCUGUUUCGAACUAUUAUGAAACGCCUUUGCAGUACGCAUCAAACAGAUCGGAGAUCAUUGGCCCAAACUGUUGUAACGGGUGGAUUGCAGAUUAGAUGCGCAGUGUUUUAUUGAUCGAUUCAGUGACACGUAAACACGUACGGACGACCUAGAGUCUCGAUUGGCCCUACUUCGCUGUCUAACCCAGCCAGUUGAGUCCAGAACACAAGUCACAGCCUCUGAAAUAUGAAUCAUUAUAUUUCAAACAUACUCUGUUUAUAUACCAACCAAACAGACCACAUCGUACCAUAAAACAAGAAAACAACAUCUGUACAAUAUUUAACGAGUGAAAUAAAUAAUGGCCAAUAGGGAAUGUCCAUUUAAAGUCCAAGGACAUCAUUAGACUUAACAUGAUAAUGAUUGAUACAUUCCUCUGCAUCCCUAACAAAAACAAUAAUUACUUACUUACGCCUGUUACUUCCAAUGGGCGAUAGGCAUCCAACAAACAUUCUCCAACCCACUCUGUCCUGAGUCUUCAUUUCUAGUUCUAUCCAAUUAUUAUUCAGUCUUCUCAUGUCUGUCUCCACUUAUCGGCAUAACAUGUUCUUUAUUUUUCAUCUUCUCCUUUGACAUUGAGGAUUCCAUGUGAGGGCUUGUCUUGUGACGCAGUUGGGUGCUUUCCUCAAUGUGUGUCCUAUCCACUUCCAGCGCUUCUUCCUCAUUUCUUCCUCCACUGGAAUCUAGUUUCUUCUCUCCAAUAGUAGGUUGUUGCUGAUAGUGUCUGGUCAACGGAUCCGAAGUAUUUUGCAUAGACAAUUGUUAAUAAACACCUGUAUCUUCUGGAUGAUGGCUUUUGUAGUUCUCCAAGUUUACGCCUGAUACAUUAGAACUGUCUUGACAUUUGUAUUGAAAAUUCUGAGUUUGAUAUUGGUUUAGAGACAGUUGUUUUGAGUUCCAGAUAAUCUUCAGUUGUCGAUAUGUUGCUCUUACGUUGUCGAUUCGUGCCUUCACAUCUGCAUGAGAUCCACUGUGCUCGUCAACGAUGCUACCCCGAUAUGGGAAGGUUUUUACAUCUUCCAAAACAAUAUCUAUCCAAUAAUUCAUACAGUAAAAACUAUGAAAUUAGGAAAUACAAGGAAGUCUUUGGCACUAAUACAUAAUAAACAUCUUGCUUAGUGUUGACUGUGGUUAGAGACGUAAGUCAUUAAAUGUUAACUUAAUAAUUUGAAUGACAAACACAUACUAAAAGACCCUGAGGUGUCCUUGCUUUGAAUCCUGGUGAAUAAAUGAGUGCCCAUUGCUGAGUACUUCAACUUUAAGAUAAACCAGCUGUAGAGAUUUCUGCUUCCUAAUAAUACUCCAACUGACAUUAGUCUGUGAUAACUACGAUCUACAAACAUAAACAUUAUAAAUUUAUUCUAAAUACUAUUCACGAUUGAUGUAUGGGCGAGAAUGAUAAUGAUUGGUUAUCUGCUUAGUCAAACAUGCAGAUAGUCUGACAGGUGUCAGAUGAGUUUUAUUUUCCCUUAUCCUUAUUAUUAUUAUUAUUGAUUGUUCAUUGUUGUUGGAUUGUGUCGAGUUUUGGUGUGGAAAUAUAUUUACUUUCUAGUCAAGCUAAUCACGUGUUCAUGAUCUGAGUUGUGUUGAAGUCCUGUAGAAUCAACAUUAGGAAGGAAAUCUACUGUAGAUAUUCGUCUAAGGUAAAUUAACGUCCCAUACGUAUAAACGUGGAAACCCAACUACUAUAACCGAACGUUCUAACAACGAUACAAUGAUUAUCAAGUUCGAUAUUAAUUUAUUAUUAUUAUUAUUAUUAUUAUUAUUAUUAUUAUUAUUAUUAAUUUUUGUCCAUCUAACUUUCAGUUUUCCAUAGUUUCCCAUAUGUAUAGAUGAAAACUGCGUGUACACAUAAUAAGUAUUACACAAAAUGUCACUUUCUUUCAUGUCAGUUUAUUAGACUUACGAAAAUUUGAUAAAUUUCAUUAUAUUACCAAUGUGUAUCCUUUUUAUUUUUAUUUUUACAUGUUUGUAACUAUGCGCUUUUGUGUUCGAUCUUGUGUGUGUGUGUGCGUGUGCGUGUGUGUGUAUAUAUAUAUAUGUGGUUGUUAGUUUUGAAAAAAUAAAUAAAUAAAAAUUCCACCUUUCACAUGAACUGAUUUAUAUGCAUAGAUUUAUGCGUAUAUAUAUAUAUAUAUAUUAUUGAUCUAUCCUGAAAAUAGAUUCUUUAUAAUUUAUUAUACUAUAGUGAAAUUUCUAAAACAACAACAACAACACAAAAAACACAAUGAUAAUGUUAUCAUGAAUUCAGUUUAAUUUGAUUUUAAGAUGAUGGUUGAAGGUACUCAACAGGAAACCGUGAAUUUAUGUUCCGUGCUAUUUGUCACUCGUCAGUAAGGUGUAUCUGUAAUCUUGAAAGAAUUGGUGUUUUUUGAUGAUUUCAAUUCCGUGUCACCCAGUUUCAUAGUCAGAGAUGUUACUACUGAGCUAUACGGAUCGUGAUUAACCUCCUGUAGGACUGAGAUGUAUUCACAGUUGAUUGAUCAAUGGUUGGUAAUCAAUGUCAUGUUUUUCAGGUCCUUCUUAUUGACUAGCUCCAACCAUCAUCAUAACUCAACAUAGUGUACGCAACGUCGAAUCAAUUAAACUAGUGGCCACAUUGCAACUUGGUCAAUAGGAUUCGUUAUGCACUAAGAAAGACCCGACAUACAUGACAUUGGUCGCUACUCAAUGACCAAUCAAUUGUGAUUAAUUUGAUUUUAGUUAUCUUAGAUUAAUAUGCACAAAAUGAGAUGAGUUGUUUAAUCUUAAAAUACCUGUCUUUCAUAGCAGUUUUAUACUCUUCUAUAUAUAUUUAACUGAUAUAAAACAUUUUAGUGACGUAUAUAAGGUCUUACGUCUACAAAUGUUAAGAUGUGUGGUGGUACACUCCGUGUUCAACGAGUAGUAGAAUGAAGCUAUCAACUAGGAUUUAAGUUUAUAUAUAUAUAUAUAUAUAUAUAUAGUAUCACGUAAUUUCCAUCACUUCAAACAAUCAUUCCUUGUCUCAUUUCAAAUGAUAUAAUUUAUUCAAAUUAAAAAUGAUGCAAUAUUUUUCUAACUACUUACAUCUAUACUGGACCCUGAAAUCACUGAACGACCGUUUCGUCCUAUUGUGGUACUCCUCAGCAGUGCUCAUCCACGAUCUCAGCUCUCGAAAUUCAAACACGGAACCUAUCGCUCUCACGCUUUCGCGCUUAACUUCUAACAUCAAUUGAACCAUACUAUUUUGACUACAAAUUUUAAGCCUGGACGGUGUUUCACUCUCCUAUUAAACAGGAUUGAGCUAUACUGUAUUGAGUUAUCACAUGAAAGUCUGAAUGAUGUUUAAUUCUCCUAAAAAUCAAAUGUCAAAAAAUACCCUAGCUCACAAGAAUAUAUUAUAUAACAUCUUCUUCCUGUUAUUGUUGUUCUUUUUUUCUUCUUUCAACUCAGGAAAUUUAGAGAAUUUAUCUCCGUACGAAAAACUAGAAACUCAGAUACAAACAAUAUUGUUGGUUUAAGUGCGUUAUUACAUUCUAGAUGUCCGGACUUUUCGUCACCAAUGUGUAAAGUAAUUGGAAUUUUGAACUCUGCACGUGUUCGCAGUCCAUUACCAGUAGCAAAAGAUUUACAAAAAGCUAUUAAUUUAAUAUGUAGUUCAAAUGUAUUUGUUGAUCAAAUAAUGAAACCAUUAAGUCGAACAAAUGAUCCUAUCACAGCAGAUCUAAUUGAAGGUUUGAUUACUGGAUCAAACCUAGCUAGAGAACCAGAGAACUUACUCAAACUUCGAUCUUUGGCUAAAUCUCUAAAAGGAUCCGAAAAUGUUACAACAACACUGUCAACUUUACAAAAUAGUCCAGAAAUUGAAACUUGCCUAUCAAAUUUUGAUAAAUGGGACUUCAACAUAUUUGAUCUUGAACGGUUAACCAGUAAAAAACCUCUCACUUAUUUAGGCAUGAAGAUAUUGGACAGUUUCAAUGCUCUUAGUGUACUACGUGUACCUAGUCAAAUUUUAGUCGGUUGGUUAACAGUAAUUGAAGAACAUUAUCAUGUGGAUAAUCCAUACCAUAAUGCUACACAUGCAGGUGAUGUUCUACAAGCAUCAGCUUACUUUCUACAACAUAGUUUAAUAAGAUCAAUUUGCACAAAUAUCGAUGAAGUUGCUACACUUUUAGCCGCGAUAGUACAUGAUGUAGACCACCCGGGGAAAACAAAUCCAUUUCUUGUGAAUAGUAAUGAUCCAUUAGCUAUUCUAUACAAUGAUAUUGCUGUAUUAGAAAGUCAUCAUGCGGCUGUUUCAUUUGAAUUAACCCUCCGAUCACCUGACAUCAAUAUUUUUCAGAAUUUGACACGUGAAGAAUAUCGUACAAUACGUAGCUAUAUUGUUGAUAUGGUAUUAUCUACUGAAAUGGUACGACAUUUUGAUAUUGUUACAAAAUUUGUAAACACAUUAAGUAAACCAAUGCUUGCAAAGAAUCGUCACCAUGAUCGUUCAUCUGUCGGUAGUAUGAGUUCUAUGGAAUCGUGUUCUAUGGGAAUGACAAUGUCUCAUUCUACUUCACCAAGCCCUGGACAAGAACGUAUAUCUAGUACACUAGAAAACUUAUCAACUGCAGAAAAUAGAACAUUAAUUAAACGUUUAAUUAUUAAAUGUUCCGAUGUUAAUAAUCCUACAAGACCAUUAUCUAUAUGUAAAGAAUGGGCAACAAGAAUAGCGGAAGAAUACUUUUGUCAAACGGAAGAAGAGAAACGACGCAAUUUGCCUAUUGUUAUGCCAAAUUUUGAUCGACAAACUUGUAAUAUUUCUCAAUCACAGUUAUCAUUUAUCGAUUUCUUUUUAAAAGGAAUGUUUUCAGGAUUUGACUGUGUUUUUCCAAUCCCUGAACUAAUGAGUAAUCUAGAAAGUAAUACAGCUUAUUGGGCCAAUAAUAUUGAAAAAGAGAAAAAAACACAUGUAACUUAUCAAACAGAAACAAAAUCAAUAUCUGUUCACCAGGAUUAAACCUUAUUUUAUUUUAUUUUUUUGUUUUUUGUUUUUGUUUGUUUUCGGUUUUAUAUUUAUUUUUCAAUACUUCACAUUUAUUUGUUCCUUUGUUACCAGGUUAGAAAUAAAUUAAUGUAAGCAUAUUAAAUAUACAUAUUAGGUCAUACACACAUACAUAGAUAUGCAUGUAUGCAUAUACAUCAAAUCUAUCUAUCUAUCUAUAUCUAUCCUAUUCUAUCCUUUCCUGUCCUAUCCUACUCUAUCCUAUCCUAUCCUGUCCUGUCCUAUCCUAUCUAUCUAUCAAUCAAUCAACUAAUGAAUCCAUGUAUCUAUCGCAUUGAUAUAGAAGAAAGAAUAAUCUAACAGAAUCAUAUCGGUUGUUUACUCAUCCACUAUUAAUAUUGUUGUGGUUAUUGUUUUUAAUUGGAUUCAAUUAGUCAGUUCCAACUGAAUACUCAUUCAUUAGUUAAUUCUGUACAAACUAUACACAGUGUACUUGAAAACGAAGAAAAACAAACAAACAAUAAAAUGGAAAAUAAACAAAACAGUCUAGAAUUUUUGUUGAAAAUUCUUCUGAGUAAUUUUUUUUCUAAAAAUUGUUCAUUCUUUUUUCUUUUCUUUUUUUCUUGUUUUUCUCUUUUUUUGGUUUUGUAUGAUAAAUAAUUGUUCAGUUGUUAAAUUCUUCGAAAUCGUUCAAUAGAAUCAUCGUCUAAUUCUAGAUCCAUCUUCAUGAUAUUCAUAUUGAUAUUGUCACUUGUCAUUCUAUUCAUUUUUAAUGACGUCUUUUUUGUUUUCUCUUUUUUUUAAUAAGAUGCCAAAUUAUGUUGAUAGAGAAGAUUUUGGUUGUUGUACAAGUAUGCUUAUAAUUACAUAAUGACAUCAUCACUACCACUACUACUAUUACCACUGCCGCUACUACUACUACUACUACUUCUAGUACUACUACUACUAUUACUCUUAUAAGUAGUAGUAUUAUUUCUUAAAAAUAAUUUUGUUUAUUCAAAUAAACCAUUUUAACUCAUUCAUAUUAUUCAACAAUUCAAUAUUAUUCAAUGGAUAUUCUUCAUUUAUGUCUUACAAUCCAUUAUUAAUCAUAGAGAUUAAUAUAAGUAGUAUUUUUUUUAAAACUUGAUCAAUAUUUUAUUUCAUUUCAUUGUUUGCUUGUUUGUUUGUUUGUUUUCUACCAUGUAAAACAAUCAAAUUUUACUUUAAUCUUUCUAUUCUAUAUUACUAAUUGUCUACCUCGUGUAGAAUCAUGUUUGAUUGUGUUAUUAUAUUGAUUUAUGACACUUUUAUUGAUCCAUUACGUACUUAUUUACGCCUAUUCCUAUCGAUGGAGCAUAGGCUACCGACUAGCAUUCACCAUAUGUCUAUAUAUGGAUACAAAAUAAUGUUUAUAUAUAUAUGGAUAAGUUUAUAUUUCUAUGUCUAUUAUAUGUCUAAAUGUAUUCGUUUAUUUUGUUGGUAACUAUGAACAUCCUCAAAGAAUUGUUCUUCCAUAAUAGAAAUGUAUUAUUAUCAUUACUGUGUGAAUAGUAAUUAUGAUUGAGAUAUAUUCUCAACUUGUAUUGUACAGUGAUAACUUAACAUUCAUUAUAAUCACAUAUAAUCCAUCCAGAUCAUUGAAGAUAAGCUUAUGAUGAUGUAAUCAUACUUAUUAUGUUGUUGAUGUAAUAAGACUAUUGUAAAUCAACAGUAUGCAAAUUGUUAUUAGAAAAUAUUAUGAAUCGAUAUAAAUUAUU